GCACUCAGCAGGAUGAGCAGCAUGUCCCCACCGAGACUCCUGCACUUGGCACAGAAGAGCCUGCUGGGUAAUGAGGCCUUGGCCAUCCUUAGUCUGGAGCAGCUUCCCAGAGAGAUGUUCCCUGCACUGUUCCUGGAAGCCUUCAACAGGAGGCUCCUGGACACCUUGAAGGCCAUGGUGAGGGUCUGGCCCUUUGAGUUCCUCCCGUUGGGCGACCUCAUGAAGUGGCCACAAGUGGACAUCCUGAAAGCUGUGUUGGAUGGUCUUGACAUGAAUUACACCCAGAAGUCUGACUGCAGGAGAGGGAAGCUGCAUGUGCUGGAUUUACGGGAUGCUGGUCUGAAUUUCUGGAAUGUGUGGGCUGAGAGCAUGGAUGAUGCCUGCUCUCCUGAGCCCAAGAUGAGGAGACAGCCAGUGGAGCACAAGCAGCCCAAGUCAGCCUUGAAGGUCAUAGCCAACAUUGACCUCACCACAGCCACCCCCGAUGAGUUCCUCACCCACCUGCUUCAGUGGGUGAAGGAGAGAGCCAGCCUGGUGCACCUGUGCUGCCACCAGCUGAAGAUCUCGGCAAGUCUCACCCACAGCAUGAGCAAAUUCCUGGACAUUCUGGAGCUUGGCUGCAUCCAGGAGGUGGAAGUGUUCUGUGACUGGCAACUCUCUGCCCUGGCCAAGUUUGCUCCCUACCUGGGCCAGAUGAGCAGUCUUCGCAAAUUGAGUCUUGCUAACAUAAAUGUUACAUCGCUCGUCACAAUAGAGGUAAUGAUGGAGUUUGUCUUCCUAUUCGCCUCCCAGUUUGCCAAGCUGCCCCACCUUCGCAGCCUUCAUAUUCGCUCCUUUUACUUUGUGUUUAACCACCUGGAUCAGGUGCUCAGGUGCCUGAAGAGCCCCCUGGAGACUCUCUCUGUAACGGCCUGCCUGCUCUCCGAAGCUGAUGUCCGCUAUCUGUCCCAGUGUCCAAGCCUCAGAGAACUCAAACACCUGCACCUGAGUCGUGUCCCAUUGACCCACAUCAGCCCUGAGCCCCUUCGAGUUCUGCUGGAGAGAGUGGCAGCCAACCUCCUGACCCUGGAUUUGAUGGACUGUGAGAUCACUGACUCCCAACUCAAUGCCAUCCUGCCUGCCCUGAGCCAGUGCUACCAGCUCACCACCUUACGCUUUUGGGGGAACAGAAUCUCCAUGGCCAUGAUGGAGAAGCUGCUAGAGCACAUGGGCAACCUCAGUGCACUGAGAGUGGAGCUGUACCCAGCUCCCCUGGAGAGUUACAACAUCCAGGGCAUUGUCCAGCGGGGAAGGUUUUUCCAUCUCUGUACACAGCUGAUGGGCAUCCUGGAAAGAAUUAGAGAGCCUAAGAAGGUUGUGUUUGGCACAGGCCACUGCUGGAAGUGUGCACAACGGAUGCUGUUUGGCCUAAACCACUCUAAUCAGUGCCACUGCUACCUGCUGGACUAA